AUGAUAAGCAAUCAAGGUACUAAAAAUGCUGAGAAUGCUGGUAUCAAUGUCACUAAGGCCCAAGAAUUACCAGCAAGAUGUGGUCAACGUGUCAACCCGAUCUCAUGCAUCACCUCCACCUCUAAGACUACUCCAGGUACAAGUGAUUCCCAAAGCUUAGGAAAUUCCAUGGUCUACUUAUUGUACCCGUUGAUGCUAAUCGCAGCUGAGGUGGCGUUGGGCAGUAGGAGGCUGCUUUGGUGGCCUUCUGCUUCUUCUUUCUUGCUUAAAAUUGCUAGUGAAAACAAAUGGGAUGAGGGAGAGAGCUGUGGUGAUCGAAAACAACAGCAACAAAUGGUUGGGGAUGUGCUCUCCGGUGGUAGCAGUGAAGGGUGGGGUGGUGGCAGUUUGAUGGCAGCAAGGUGGAUGCCACCUCUUCCUUCCUUUUUCUGGGCAGAAACAGAUAAGAGGGAGAUGUGA